AUGGACGUGGCAGCAAAAGGCGUGGAGGGUGGCGAGCAAUGUUUGUGGCGGGACAAUGGGUUUGCCCAGCACCUCAUAGCAGAGCUGCUCGGGAGUGUGUUUGGCGGAGUGGACGCUCGCGUGGCUGGCGAAGUGCUGCACCACAAUGCCGGGGCACUGGCGCCGACGGGGCGCCAGCUCUUCGCCCUGGAGCGCCAACAAUGCGCCGCUAGCGGCACGGCCCAGGCCCACGUGCAGGCGGGCGACGAGGACGAUCUCUUCGCGUUCGUGAGUAUGGCCGACGAGGCCGACGAGAGUGGUAGCAGAGACGACCUGAAGGAGGAGGAGGAACAGGAAGAGGAUCGGGCAGCGCUCGAGCUUCGCCUGGGGGCAGUCGAACCAUCGGCCUUGCCACGCACCGUGGAGGCCUUUCUCGCCGCCGAGCCUCUGCUCCGGGCGGCCACCUUCUUCUCCUCGGCGUCAUCGCCAUCAUCAUCAUCUUCGUCUUCUCCACUUCACGAGGUGCGCCGCGCGCUGUUCGCGGACAUGGAGCGGUUGCACGGGGAAGCCUCGCCGCACGCGCUGUCGCUGGUGUGGGCGUUCCUCGCCGCCCUUGCCGGCUUCGUGGCCAAGGAGCCGCACUCCGUCGUCGACUCCGCCGCCGUCCACCCGCCGCACUUCAAGCGGCUGCUCCUGACCGCCCUGCCAUGGUCGCCCGCCAAUACCGGGCGGGAAGCGUCGCGCGACGAGCGCGACGAGGCCGCGAUCGACUGCGGCCUCCUCCACUGCCUGCUCGCGCUGGCCUUCUCCUUCUCCGACGAAACCCGCAUCCGGGCCGUGGAGCUGCUCGUCAUGCUCGCACGCACCAAGACCACGGCGCUGGCGAUCUACGACGCCGCCUACUCCGUGGACCGGUGGGCUCCCGCGCUGGGCUCCCACACCUUCCGCACGCUCACUUUCCCGAUGAGGCUGCGCGAGGCGGAGGCGCUGGUCCACCACUACCAGGCUCUCCACCUGGGCACCCAACUGCUGGACGAGCACUCGCGCGUGCUCGAGGAGCUGGCGGACAAGCUGCAGAGCGUCAUCCAGUCACCCGAGUUCGGGGGCCGCGCCUUUGUCAAGAUCUCCACCCGGAGCCCCAAGGACGUGGUGUUCCACCUCCCCAAGUUCGAGCUCACGCUGCGCCAGGUGACCGAGGAGUGGACCGCCCUCUACAAUCUUCCCGAUCCGAUGCCGGAGAGCGUGGAGCAGGCGAUCAUGCAGCGGUGCGGGGCGCUCUGCCUGAGCGUGACGAGCGGGGCGGAGGCGGUGGACAUGCUCAAGACCAGCAAGCGCAUAUGGGUCGACCUCAAGGAGGCUCUGGACACCCCCUCUGACGACUUCGCCAUCAAGCUGGUGGUACGCGAGUGGUUGGACAUUCCCAACGUGUUCGAACUGCGCGGGUUCGUGCGGAAUCGGCGGUUGACCGCCCUCUCGCAGUACUUCUCGAUGUGCUACUUUCCCUGGGUGUCGCCUGCCCAAUGGGCCGACGUCAAGACACGCGUCCUCUCCUUCUUCGAGACAACGGUGGCUGAACUGCUGCCCGUGGAGGACUGCGUGUGCGACUUUGUGGUAUGUGAGGACCGGGUGAUGGUGAUCGAGCUCAACCUCUUCGGACGCACGGCCGGUGCCGCACUCUUCUCGUGGGACACCGACCAGCAGCUCCUCUACGGCAACAGGCCCUUCGAGUUCCGCGUCGUCGCCGAUGCCUCGCUUUCCGCCACCGUCGUUUGA